AUGAUUCAGCCCGAUCCAUGGAGUCCAUUGAGCAAGCGCCAGAGCUCAGAGGAUGAUACUCAAUAUCGGCAGAUAAAAGCACCAAGGACAGCCAGACGGCCUCCCGAAUUCUGGGAUAACCUGUCGAAAAUCCCCUUGACCAAGGACGCGUUGCAGGAAUUCAACCGGAGGAACAGAUCGGUAACAUCUCACGUUCGUCGCCCCGUUACGCGACAAUAUUAUAAGAAUACUCGAGCAUCGCCAUCGUCCGCAGUCGAAUUUCUCCAACGGUGCUCGCCCCGGCAGCUACAGGAUAUUAAGAAGACCUCCAGAUACGGUGGACCCGACCUUAGAGACCUUAGAAGUUAUCCACCCCCCCAGAGCCGUGACAACAUUGCCAUGCCUCCGAAUGAGCCAACUUCCCGUAGCAAAAAGCGGGCGGCAGCUGGAACUAGGUCUGAGUCCUCGAAUUCUAAACGCACGUCCACGCGUUCUUCCGGGCGCUCGAGUGGUGGUACUUAUAACCGUGCUUUCCAGCAGCACCUUAUAGACCAUGGCGUUUACCCUGAUCAGUACUGGUUUUCGGACGGACGGACACCAGACAAACCAAGUAACUGGGACGAUAUCGUGCAGAGAUUGAGCACGCCGCGGGACGAUCUCCUACCGCAUAAUUUCACGGAAGACGCGUUUAUGAGGUUUAAAAAGGAAAACGGCGAACUGGACGCGGAUAUCGAAAACGCAGCAUUGCGGUUGAUACCGGCGAUCGAAGGCGAUUCCCUGGACCGCAGAGGUGGACACUACCCACUCGGGAACCUCAAUCCGCUGACAGACGGGACACUCCCAAACGCCUGGCCGGAUCGCCUUUAUGGAAGUCACCCCGAGCAGCUGCAUCCACAGAUACGAGAGGAACUCAGUGGAUAUAUUGUCCCGUCGGCGACGGCCAGCCGUCCACUCAUGCCUACUCUGUUUCUCGAGGUCAAGGGGCCCGAUCAGUCUGCGCUUGUAGCCAAAAGACAAGCCUGCUAUUAUGGUGCACUGGGAGCCCGUGGUGUCCAGGCUCUGCAGUCAUAUAAAGUUGAUGAGCCUGUAUACGAUGGCAAUGCAUAUACCAUCACGGCAACCUAUCAUGACGGUACUCUAAAGCUAUACACCACCCAUCCUGUGAAGCCUGAGGGUCCUACGGACAGCCCCAAAUACUAUAUGCAUCAACUUCGAUCACUUGGAAUGACAGAUGGUAUUGACACCUUCCGUGAAGGCGCUACGUGGUAUCGGAAUGCGCGGGCGUGGACCAAGGAGAAGCGAGAUGAGUUCGUGGAAACCGCAAACACUCGGCUGUCUAACUCUGCUACUGACACUAGGGCUGUGGACGUACAAGAGGAGGAGGAGGCUGAUUCUGAUGCAUCCAGCGAAUCCAAUGAGCCUGACGAGUUGCCUCGGGUCGCGACCACCAACAGCCGUGAUGCCACACCCGUUCCUAUCCCAAACUAA